GCCUUGGCCUGCCAUCGAUAUUUGUCAUUUUUUCGAUUCGAUUUGUAGAAAUUCCAAACCUUAUUGCCCAGAUUUUCGACCAGUUUUUCAGUGCUUGCGCUUAGAGCGAAGUCAGCGCAAGGAUCGAGGAUCACCGGAGCGAUGGGCCACCGCCACAUUUGCUGCGACGGAUGUCAGAGGCGGCACUUCCGGGGUCGCCGCUUCCGCUGCAUGCGCUGCGUGAACUAUGACCUGUGCGGCGAGUGCUACGACCAGCGGAUCGAGACGCAGGACCACCGCUGCUACCAUCCCAUGCAGCUGAUCCUCGAACAGGCCGAUCGGGCGGCUCCGCUGCUCGGCGGCGAUGUGCCGGAUCUGGUCCACCUGUCCAAUUGCUACACCUGUCCGUACUGCGGCCAAUUCGGGCACUCGGCCAAGCGGCUAAUUGAGCAUGUGUGUGGACAGCACCGGCUCGCCGAUGGCUAUGUGGUCUGCCCCAUGUGCGCCGGCCUGCCGACCAUCCAGUUGGUGGCCAUUCGCAACCUGUCGCAUCACCUCCUGCUUGAGCACAUCGAUCACGCCAAUCUCCUGGAGCCGGACACACCGCCCCUGCGCCGGAUUUUGGCUAGGAGUCGCCUUCGCCAACGCCGCCAAUUGCAGCAACAGCAGCACCAGCAGCUGCAACAGCUGCAACAGCAGCCACAGCGUCAGACGAGGGGUUUCGAUAUGAUCCUGCAGCUGGGCCGAGUGCCGGACGACUCUUGGAACCCCGAUCUCCAGCCACCCAGCAUCGUCGAUCUUACAGAGGAGACCAGCAAGCAGGACACUCAACAUUCUCCCAGCUCGACCAUUGUGGAACCAACAAAACGGCACCCCAAGCGGCAUCUUCUGCUGCAGUGGAUCACGCAGCAGGAGCUGCGGUGCCAGGAAACGGAAGUAACCAGAAGUCGGAGGCGGACACACGCCCUCUUCGUCGAGCACUUGCUGGUUUCGAUGCUGUGCUGCGAGGAGCUUCAGCUGCCGAACAAGAAGGCGGGCGGCGCAAGUAGGCGGGAUCGGGAGUGCGAGUGGGAGCGGCAGCACGGACUGUCCAAGGUCAUGUCGCUGAUGUCCUUGCCCUGGACAAGGGCCUGGCAGGCCACCCAGCUGGGCGGCUCGGAGGGGGAGGUCCAGUUCCAGGACGCCAACAGGGAGGAGAUCGAUCUGGGCGAUGGGCAGGGACCGCAAACGGAGCAAGAGAAGGCGGCUACGGAGGAGGCUAUCGAUUAGCUACAUCGAAUUUCGUCUGUUUUUUUCCAAGCAUGUUGCUUUCCAGUUUUGGUUGUGUUUAUAUUUCAAUGCAAAAAU